AUGUGCUCAUCUAUCACUCAAAUUCUCUUCGGAGUGAUCAUGCUAGGAGCAAUUGGGCUCACACUGGUAUCGACAUUUUCAAAAGAAUGGAAAACCAUAUUAGACGACACGAGCUUGGAUGAACUUCUUUCUGCCAAUAUCACGGAAACUAAACUGCAGCAAAUGAAAAGUAUUAUUCCUGUGUUUUGCGAAGACAAAUGCGUCAAUCACUGGAAGGAUAUGAAACCAUACGAAAAAGUCGUAGCCGCCUGCAUGAUAAUGGCGCUUCUUCUUGAAAUUGUUGCAUUCAUUUGGAAUCUCGUGACUUCGUGCUCAUGCUGCUUUAAGAAGUACUUAAUCAAUCCUCUCUCGCCGAUUUCUUUCCUCAUCGUUCUUCUUCUCACCACUGCGAUAUGUGUGUUCUACAUGAACAGCGAAGAGUUUGCUGUGAAAAGACACGAAAGCAUCGAACAUCAAGUUCACAACAUCAAAGUUGACAUCGGAUCCGCUUUCUGGAUGGCUGUUGGCGCCUGGGUCUUGGCAAUUGCUGACACAAUCCUCGCAUCAUUUGCUAUUUUCUUCGCUCAGCAUGGUGUAUAA